GGUCCCGCGACGUAGAGAGGCGUGGUCGCGCGACUAGGCUCCUUGGUUCCGCCAUGGCUUUCUACCCCAGCGCUGUUCACUUGCGGCAAUGUGUGGUGUCCCCGGCCAGCAGACACAGUGCCUCGCUGAUCUUCCUGCACGGCUCAGGUGAUUCUGGCCAAGGACUAAGACAGUGGAUCAAGAACGUGCUAUCCCAAGACUUAACAUUCCAGCACAUAAAGAUUAUUUAUCCAACGGCUCCCUCCAGGCCAUAUACUCCUAUGAAGGGAGGACUCUCCAAUGUGUGGUUUGACAGAUUUAAAAUAUCUAAUGACUGCCCAGAACACCUUGAGUCAAUUGAUGGGAUGUGCCAAGUGCUUACUGAGCUGAUUGAUGACGAAGUAAAAAAUGGCAUCCAGAAGAACAGGAUAUUGAUAGGGGGAUUUUCUAUGGGAGGCUGCAUGGCGAUACAUUUAGCAUAUAGAAAACACCAAGAUGUGGCAGGAGUAUUUGCUCUUUCUAGUUUUCUGAAUAAAGAGUCUGCUGUUUACAAGGAUCUUCAGCAAGCUGAGCGCAGCAGACUCCCUGAGCUAUUUCAGUGUCACGGCACUGCUGAUGAGCUGGUUCUUCAUGCCUGGGGCGAAGAGACAAACUCAAAGCUGAGAGCUCUAGGAGUGAACACAGUGUUUCACAGUCUUCCAAAUCUUUACCAUGACAUGAACAGAACUGAGCUGGAGAGGCUGAAGUCCUGGAUUCUUACAAAGCUGCCAGGAGGGACUAAGGGGCAGAGUGAAUGAAUCCUCAUCGCCAUAUUGAUUAGUGUCUUACAUCUAACAAUUUCUUUCUCAUUUGAUCCUCACAAAAAUUAAGUGUGGUAAAACAGCCAGCAUUCCCGUAUUAUAUGAAUGAAAUUUAUGAUGUCUGUUUUGAGAAUCAUCAUGUUGUAAAUGCCAACUGUUUAUUUUGUGGCUGCAUAGAUGCCAUGAACACACUGGUAUUUGCUUGUCCAUUCACCACAGAUUUGGGCUCCUUCCUGUGUGGGGCUCUCAUAAGUAGGGCUGUUGUAAGGUGUAAGGAUCACCUUCGCCAUAGAGAGGCUGGGUGAUGUCAUUACCUGAAACUGUCUAGCUGUUUCUCAAUGUAGUUUUACCAUUUUCCAUUCCAGUCUUUAGUGGCCCCUGAUGCCCUUUCAUUUGGCCAUUCUAGUGGCUGCAUAAUGUUUGACUUCCAUACUGUUUGAUUUCUAUAAUAAAGAUUUGAUUUGCAUUUUCUUGGUGAUACAGAGUCCACACUGGAGAAUUUUCCCACAUUUGUGAAGAAUCGGUCCCCCCCCCAUUUAUUUCUAGAUUGUCUUUGUGAAAAGUGAUUUACUGUCAAAUUAUAAUGAUAAAUAAAAUAUGACUAAAUAA